AUGGACUAUGGGAGUGCUCACGGAGGGUUUGCAAUGCUGAUCAACUACCCAUUCUUACCACGACCCGCUCUCGCUUCAAUGGAGAGGCAACAGUCUCCUUCGUCGAAUGUAGUCAGAACUACGGUUGAUGGACUAUAUUGGCUUGACCUGUGUCAUGCACUGGAGAUGGCAAAGAAUGGCUAUGGAUAA